ACAUAUUAUGAUCGGCCGACGUUGUCCUGUCGUAGAGAGAGCUCUGUUACUGUUUCUUCCUCUCUCUCUCUCCCUCCUCACAAACAACGACCUCUUAAUUCUGAAGUUGAUUUUUCGGGCAGUUGUAUGGAUACCUGAAGCUUGCUUGGAAAAUUUGAGGCGUGUUUGAUUCAAUAUUGAGUUCUGAAUAAUGAAACCUAAGGUUUGGAGAUGGAUUUUAGGUUUGAUAUACAUAGUUGCUGUUGCAACUAUCUGGAUAGCUGCUAGUUUUGUGGUUCAAUCUGUUGUAGAUUCUGGGGUUUCACCAUUUCUCAUUACAUACAUUUGCAAUUCAUUAUUUGUGAUUUACAUUCCCUUAGUUGAAAUUGGGCGCUAUUUGGAGGAUUCAUAUGAAAGCUUGUUUUUCUGGAGGAAUAAAAAAGAUAGCCCUAUACAAGAAUUGGCAGAAUCAGAGCAGGUCAUUCUUCUAGGAGACAGUGAUAUAGAUGCAAAAGUUGGAGAUUUGAAUCCAUCAGUUCCCUUGACAGAAGGAAAACAUAAUCCUCGUGGAGAUGAUGUUGAUUUACCUGCAGAAUUUACCCCAUAUUCGAUUGGAAGGAUCGUACCUUUUGAAGAGGAUAAUAAAGGAGUUGAUGCCAAAGGACGAUGGACACGCGCUAGAGUGGCAAAGGUCAGCUUGCUAAUCUGCCCAUUUUGGUUUUUGGCACAGCUGACUUUCAAUCUGUCAUUGAAGUAUACUACUGUAACGUCAAAUACCAUUUUGAGCACUGCUUCCAGCCUUUUUACUUUUUUGGUCUCUUUAGCAUUCUUGGGUGAAAAGUUCACUUGGGUGAAGCUUGUUAGUGUUCUCCUCUGCAUGGCUGGAACUAUAAUUGUCAGUUUGGGAGACUCGAAAAGUGGUUUAAGUGCAAUUGCUUCAAACCCUCUUCUUGGAGACUUUCUAGCGCUCAUCUCAGCCGGGUUAUAUGCCGUGUACAUUACACUUAUUCGCCUAAAAUUGCCUGAUGAUGAUGGAAAAAGUGGUCAGGCUAGUAUGGCACAGUUCCUUGGAUUCCUAGGGCUUUUCAACCUCUUCAUUUUCCUACCUGUUGCCCUUAUACUGGGUUUCACCAUGUUGGAGCCGUUUGAUAUGCUUACCUGGAAGCAAUUUGGUCUGAUUAUUGGCAAAGGUUUGUUAGAUAAUGUUUUGAGUGACUAUCUAUGGGCAAAGGCCGUUCUUUUGACAACCACCACUGUUGCAACAGCUGGUCUUACAAUUCAGGUCCCAUUAGCAGCCAUUGUGGAUUCGCUAACAGGCAACGCCCCUCGCCUCAUGGACUACCUUGGAGCCAUAGCAGUGAUGAUUGGGUUUGCUGGAAUUAACAUCCCUUCUGAUGCUUGUAGCAAAUCAAUAGAAGCAAGUGUUGAAUCAGAAAACCAAACUUCUAAUUCAACUCAUCAAGAUCAGCUGUCACCCCUGCAAGAAGCAGUUGCGAUUUCAUAGCAAAACAUCAGUAUCUUUCGCAGUGAUAUACAAGUGCAGGUAGUGCAAUUCUUUGUUACUGGAAUUUUUGAAAAAUACAACAUGGAGCUGUCAUUCUUUAGUUUAGCAAUUGAACAGUGAGUCGAAAAGUAUUAGAAUUUAAGAAUACUAACUGGGUAUAUAUUAAUACUUGUGUUUAAAUUGAGCAUGGUUAGAAUUUGUAUACACAUUCAACAGGUUAUAAUGCAUAAUUUGCCUGGAGAAGCAUUUGUCAAAUUGUAGAGGACGUUUGCUCCGUUUUAUUGGAUUGCCGCAUCUUGUUUGCCUUGUA